AACGCCGGUUUCCUUUCCCAGUCGCUGCCGCAAGCCUCGUUGCCCGCCGCCCGCAUCGAGUGGGGUUUCCCCCCGUUCGGGCUUGUCGGUCGCCGACUAUGCCGAGCUUCAUUUUGCGGACGCCGCUGCGGAGAGCCGAUGGCGGAUAUCGACGGCUCUGUCUUCUGACCGAACGGUGAAAAAAAGACACGGCGAAACGAGGGAGCAAGGGAAGUAAUCGUGCCCGUCUGAGACGCAAGGCGACUCGGGGAGUACUGUUCAACGUGCCAGCCUCGACAGUACGGAUAACCCACGAGAGAGAAGCCAAGCACAAUGAGCAGAAGGACGUCUGCUGGACCUCGGAAAGCGGGGGCGUCGGAAGGGCGUACAGACCUGACGCCGUCGUCUCCGCCACUGUCGCCGUUGAAAAAGGAUGAACGCAAGUCCCUGACGGAUUCAGGAUACGAUGCGGGCUAUACCUCCAUGAGCUGUUCCACUGCAACAGAUCCGGACAUCAUCUCCAAGUCAACCUGCAGCAUGCUGGACUCUGGUGUGCUCGACGAGGAAGCUCAUCACAGCGGUGAGAUCAAGGCCACGGCGUCAGCGUCGGCAACAAAACUGGACAGCGGCUACAUUGAGCCGUCCUCAUCGGCAUUGUUGCUUGAGGAGGACUGCGAGACACAGCUGCUGAGCCGGAAGCUUGGCGUGCGAGAGAUGUAUGCGCAAGAUGACGAUGGUGACACGCUCCUUCACGUCUCUGUCAUCAAAGGCUGGACAAGUCUGCUUCUGCGCAUAAUCCGCGAAACACCGCAUCCGGACCUCCUGGACAUCCAGAAUGACUGCGGCCAGACUGCUCUUCACGUGGCCGCUCUAUGCAGCAGGCACCACGAGGCCCGCCUGCUUGUCGUCGCCGGGGCAACGGUGGACGUGACAGACGACGGCGGCCGAACGCCGCUGCACCUCGCGUGCCAACGAGGUGACUGCAGGUUGUCCAGCGACCUGCUUGCGGAUGUUACCGAGGAGGAGACUGACUUCUUGCAGCCCCGUUACGGCGUGCGUCCUGGGCGGCGCGACUCGGCCCGCACCGCUGCCUUGGUGUCCCAAAGGACACUGACGGGUGACACGGCUCUCCACCUGGCGGUCCGGUCUGGCUCGCUGGAUCUCAUUGAGCUGCUGCUGCACCACGUGCCUGACCCCAACGUUCGGGAACGGUACUGUGGUGCCACUCCUCUCCACUUGGCCUGCCGGCUGGGCCGGCCAGACCUGGCCGAUGCGCUGCUCCGGUCUGGCCGUGUCGAUGUCAAUGCCACCGACUAUGGCCGCAAGACAGCGCUGCGCCACCUGUGGGACGCGCAGCGGCAGAAUCCGCGCAGCAAGGACAUGCUGCGCCUGGUGCUGCUGCUGCGAGACCACGGCGGCACACCCAUUGUUGACCCAGGUUCCGAGGAGGAGGAUGACUCGGAGGACAGCUCUGAGGAUUACGAUUACUCUGAGGAUGACGAAGAGGAUGUUCAAGCAGUGGCCAACGCCAUUAACAACAGGCUGCCACACGGGACGCCCCGAGUGAAUGACAUCGGUACCUCAUAGCAGACCCACAAGGCGUGUCUUUCCCACAUUUAAGCUCUUUCCUUCAUGUCAACCUUAUCAUCUUCUGCAUCAUCAUUGGGACCUUCAAGCAUCCAUCGGCAAGACGAUUGCAAGCGGACCGUGCAUUGUUUUCCCUACUGGCACCAUACUUGAGUUUCACCUCUCGAUUAUUUCUCCCUGUACAACUGUGCAACUUGUCGGCAAGCCCCCUUUGUGUUGAUUGUGUGAGUGAAAUUUGAAACUGAUUCUUUUGCUUCCGUAAGGCCAUUUGGGAUCUAGCAUUUCGUGUUGAAGUCAUAGUUCAGUGUUGAAUAAUCCUGAAGUUGUGCCGAAUCAUUUCAUAGGCUGCAAGCGAUGUUGAAAACUUGCAUGAUUGUGGUGACACUAUCAUUCCGAUUGUUGUUGCACUGUGUCCACAUUUACGCAUGGAGUUUGCGCCUUUUGUCAGGGUUGCAUGGUCUUUUGAAGCCCUGUUCGCGUGGCUGUGUUCUCUCCAUCCUGUCACCGCUGUAGUAUCUUGGGUUUAUGUCAGAAAAGAGACUUUUCAGGCUAAUCUACUGAAACUGGCCAUCCACGACAUGGGUCACUGCUCUGUCGCAAUGGCUGUGACAGAAAUCCUUCAGCUAGAAAGGGACAAAUUGGGAAUAUCUGAAAUGCUAUCAAAGGCCACAGAGACACCCCGAUCAUCCUUAUGUGUGCAGAUAUUUGGUUGUCGUGGAAACAUUGUUGGCAUUUCAUGGAAGAAGGCAGUAUUUCUCCUGGUGCAUAUGCGCAAUUGCACACCACGGGACAUAUGUAACAGUCGCAACCCGAAGAAACGUUCACAUUGGUUGCUGAACUGCUAAGCUUAAAUUGGUUCGAUUGCAUCUGAAGGAGAGUUCAGUUGUUCAAAGACUGUCAAUAUGUACACCACCUGGUGCCACCUGUUUUAAGGCCAUUUCAUCAUUUAAUUGACACUUCUCUUCUCAUGGUAGUGAUGUGACAGCGGCGUGACGAUAGUGUGAUUGGCAACGUGAUGAAAUCGAUGACUGCUGGGUGAACAAGGGCCAAGAUUUCUUGUGCCCUGGUAACUGUCCCUUGCAUCCUGACCAUUUGUCUUGGCUUGAAGGGGCUAGGAUGUGGUCCUUCAGUUUUGUGUUGCAUACGAGCUACAUCCGCCCGACGCAGUACGUGUGCGUGUACCUGUGUAUACAUAAUAGUGAACGGCGGGGGACCAUUGUUUCUAUUAUUUCUUGUAAGGUUUGUAGGGAGCAUUAUUUAUUAUUAGUGUGUCAUCAAAAACCAUAAAGGUUUGGUUAACGUUUUUCACAUUACAUUUGUUGUCAUGUACAUUGUGCACCACAUCUGCAUGUGUGUGAGGUUGUGCGUGCAUGAGAUAUCAGUUAUAUACGAUCACCCGCUUGUAUGGCAAGCCUGCCAGCAGCGAGUUUCUCUUCAGUAGGGCCUUAGUUUUCGGUUCUUCACUUCCUGUAAAAUAGGAACUUGUUGUGUAGGCACAACCAUGUUAAAUUUGUGUAGAAAGUCUGAAAUUAACCAAGCCAGCAGCGGUGAUUGGAAGACGGACACAAAGCUUUCCACAUAGGCCAAAGUUUGCAGUUUGCACGGUUGUGUUGGAAAUGGCUGCUUAAUUGGAUAACAGAAAAGAUGUUGACCUACAGUUUACAGGUAUCAUGGGACUUGCUUGAAAUGCUUGUUUUAUAGAAGGGCUGAAAUCCGAGCCAGUUGGUACAUACUUGAAGGAAAAAAACCAGUCAAAAAACACAAAGGACAAGAGGAGAGGUCCACACCUCUCCUCUUGUCCACCUCUCCUCUUGUUUUAUCUUACAUUCAGGUCAGUCAUGUUGGUAUCUUCAGGAUUCUACGCCAUUGACCUGUAGGCGCCGAUGUUGCCGAUUCUGUUAACUGCGACAGUGGUUCAGUGAGUGUGGCAUUCUACUGCACAAGAGGUUGCGGGUUCAUUUGCCUGGCAUGCCAGCCGCAUUCCAAUGAAGGGUGGGCUGCGGUGAUGUCUUUGCACAGAGGCUUCUGGGAACAUAAGUGGUCAGAGUCAGUUAGGCUGCUCAGCUUCAGUGUCCUUAUGACCGCAGGCAUGAAAUUCCUGUCAGUGGAAGAUUUCUGCUUUUGCUGGGCAUUAGGCUGGUUCACUUCCCAGCUGCUGCAAUGCGAAUGUUACACAAUGCAGGUGCGCCUAUUCAACGGCCCAGUUUUCAGCAUUCAUUGAACCCAAGGACAUUUCUAACAAAUCUGGAUCGCUUCUCCACAGUGUCCCCCCUUACGCUAACUGUAGCAUCAUAGCAUAAAAAUCUUGUCUUAGGCACAGCCCUUUCUGUUUUAAACGGCUGGCUUCACCUGCGAUCGACAUUAAAUGAGACACUUGACAGGUGUGUCUCGUGCUCCCAUGCCGCUUGAAAUUUGACUCGAGUCCAGUGUACAGCAAUGCCCGAAGUCCAAAAGAAAAAUAUAUAUAUGUGUGUAUAUAUGUAGGAAAUUUUCUAAGUGAACGUGUAGAGUCCUGUGUGUAAUGCCUAAUGCUGUUCUACUGUAUUUGCAUUGACGCGAGCCCAGUUUUUCUAAUGCAUCACAUUUCAGGUCUAAUCUGUGUCUGUUGUUCUUGUCAUGCGUUAUACUUCGGUGGUUCCUUUCCUUUUGGCAUGUUGUGUGGACAUUGCGAUUGUUUCUCUCUCUCGUGUGUAGAUGUAGCAAAAAUGUGCGGGGGUGAACGUUCAUCUUUCUGGCGUGUGUGUGGACAUUGGGAACAUUUCUUUCUCUGUCAUAUGCAAGUGUGGCAAACGUUAAUUCUUUCUUGCACGUGUGGACGUUGUUAUGAACAUUUUUUUCCCCAAUCAUGUGUGAGCGCAGCAAGUGUGCUCGACUGCAGCCUCGUAUGGGCACAUUCACGGCACUUCGGGGGCACCUCUGCCCCGACGUUGUCAGUUGUUUCCUUUUGCACCGUUAAAAUGAACGCAUUGCCAUGUCUCGUGUGGCGUAACUGUACAGCCGUCUCUCUGUUUUACCAAAACCGUUUUGAGCUGUGCUGCAUUGUGCAGCAAAGCUUUUUCUAGUUUUCCUCGGGUCAGAAUCGUGGAAAGGCUAGUAACGACAGCAAAGUGAACAGCACUAGUUAACAUUAGGUUUAGUGGCAGCUACUGACGUAAUGCAAGCAAUUUCCAUUCAUGCUACAGAAUUUGUUGGUUUGAUGCCUUGUACAGGAAGCUCGCUCAUGGCUUUAGGUUCAAGGAGUUUUGACACAUAUUAUUGAAGUCCUAAAAACUCUGCCACACGUUUCUCGCAAGAAAAAGGAUGACAGCAAGAAUGAAAUUUGGGGACAACAAAGAUAUCCAAAUUUGAUAUUAAAGUGGGCCUCGAAACCUUGGACAGGGCAUCGUAAAUGACAUCAUUACUCACCGAAAUUUGCCUCUGUAGUGUAGCAAUAAGGCUAUGUAUGUUGACAUUGCCCAUAGAGGAAAUAUAUAGGGCUGGACUCAUUUUUUCUGGCUUUGAUCACUGGAACAGAGCAAGCCAGCUUAUUAUGAUGCGAUGCAUCUUGGGUACUGAAACUCAUUUGCAGAAACAAGUAUAAUAUGUUAUUUAGUGCGGUCUGAAGCUUGCCAGUAUUCUUUUUUUCUAGGGUUUAGAGCAUUUGGGCCUUCAUUCAAUGAAACAAAAAAAGAAACACUAAAGAAACAUUGACAAUAGCCUGUCAGUAGUCCUCAACAUAAAACUUUCUAUGAGGAUACAAAAAGUGAUAUGUUCAGUUAACGUUUGCAGUUGGUUGCCUGAUAAAGGCAAAAUAUAUUUAAUAGUCCAUAUGCUGAUGUGUAAAUGUGGUAGCUUGUUGACAGAACUGAAACAACUUUUUGUAUUUUGUUUCACUUGACUGAAAUCUACAAUCGGCUUCAUUAUAUUUCCAUGAGGAACACUUUGCUGCUGCUUAAUAGCGUUUCCAAGUUCUGCUGUUCUCUUGUACACAAGCUUUAUUGUAUAAAAAGAAAAUAGUGAUGUUGCUUUGAUUACAAGCAUGUGCUUGUACUAUCCACUAGGUGGUGUUGCCUUGUUGCUGUAAAAUAACUACCUGUAAUAUAUUGCACCUACUAUUCUACGGUCUUCUCUCUGCUCCGAGUGUGAGUAGUGUGUGACGUGGUUCGUGUGUUGUGUGGAUACAUGAAUGGUUUUCAAGACUACCUUUUAUUUCCUUUUUCUGGAGGCAGCUGUUCGUGACCAGUCAGGUUGCAGUUAAUAUUCUUUUGCAUACCUGUAACAUGAUCAGUAGAUGGGCACAGAUUCUGUGCAUGCGCACAUCAGAAAAAGAAAAUUUGCGUGGUUAUUGCAUGGUUUGUGAGGUAGUCAAGCAGAUUUUGAGUCCUUCCUUGCUUUGGUUAUUGAUCGUAGUUUGAGUGCCUGAAUUCACAGUUGUGAACAAUCCAUAAGCUAUUCUUGGCUACUAGAGCUUUGUACUUCUGUACUCUCUGCACCACCUCCAAUGGCGCUGGCAUGUGACUGCACAUUCUAAGAGCCUUGUAGGGUCACGUCCCUAGCUAUUCUUAGUGGUAGCUCAUCGCCAAUGCCAGUGCGCAGGUUCAAUCCUGCCUGUGGCAAUCACGUUUCAAUGGGUGCGUAUCAGAGGAACUCCAGUUGUUCAAAAUUAAUUUGGAGUCCCCUGCUUUCGGUGGGCCUCAUGUCAGAUGGUACUUUUGGUACGUAAAACCCUAUACUUCAAUUUUUUAACACCAGUGCUUGGCCGCACGUUUUCAUCGGCGCUCUGGUCAUAAGACUGCUUCAGGGCUGCGAUGCAGGCUUCUUUGGUGGCUGUUCCAUGAUUGACACUUCAUACCAACCGUGCUGCCACGUAAAAAUUGUUGAACUCCUUUAAACUUAGUCGCCCUCAUGUAAGCUUGAGCGGCUUGUUGUCUUAUUACGCCUUCUUUGUUUAGUUUGUGUCAUGUCAAUGCUGCCUUCAGAAAGCAACAAAGAAACCAAGCCUACCACUACCCUUACCUGUUUUUUCAGUCCUUGACUCGUGUGUGUGUGUGUGUGUGUGUGUGUGUGUGCUUGUGUGUGCUUGUGACAUCUGUAUCUUUAUUUUUUUAGAAACGCAGAGGAAGUGUGGAGAAAGCGCAAGAAAAGUAAUUGUGCACCACACUUCCUUCGAAAACGGAACGACACUGCCUGGAUUUCCUGGAAAAAAGGAACAACGCUAAAAUAAAUAUAUUGAAUCAACUCUUGCCAGUUGAGGAUAUAACCAGCAGCGACUGCCGAGAAGCAAAGUGUACAUAGCCUCGUCACAGGCGACGAGAAAUGAUUUUAACGCAGAGUUUAAAUGAAAUCUCUAAAAGCGUGCCCGGUCGUUGCUCGGGCCGCUUUUUCAAGGAACAGUCGACCCUCACUGCUGUCGGGGCAUGCCUGUUGUUUUCCGAGGGAAAUUUGCAUAUGGAUGCCGCUUAAAUUUAGUAAUUUUAGUGUCGUCAUAACUUUGCGUUGAUUGGAACUUGUUGGUGUUUGGGAGGCAUCAAACAUUUGCCAGUUUUGGAUCUUGGAGCUGGAACAGUCUUUGCCGCCACAAAGUGUAUCAGCGUUGCCGCAAGUUUGCCUGGUGGGACGCAGAGUUAAAGAUCGCAUAUGUUUCUUCAAUAAUUUCUUGCAGUUAUGUCAUAUAUAUAUAUAUAUAUAUAAGGAAAUUUUUUUUUAGGAACAUUCUUUAUUUAGCCACUUAAUGUAGCGGAAGUAGCCAUUAUAGUCUGUUCAUUAAUUCAUAUUUGUUCAUCUACAUUUAUGACUGGUUUUAAGGAAUAUCUAGCCCUGGUAUUAUUGCAUUGGGGGAGGAGGAGGUCAAGGCUAUUACACAAUAUUACAUAAGUCUUACAAGUUUGAAACACUUGUUGGCGAAAAUUUGUCGUUUCCGGCUUUUCCGUUUCCGGCGUUUCCAACAGAGUACCCAGUCGGUAAGACAGACUGUGAAUUAAUAAAUGGAUUGUGAUGGAUACAGAUGUAUAUACUCCAGGUAGAAAUGAUUGCUGGCAAUGUUUGUAAUAACACUAAAUGGUAUUUACGUGGUGGCAAAAGACUGUCAGUUCAAGCACCCCACAAAUGUUUGGCAAAUGUUAACUCUCUUCUAAUCGUAAUGUUUGACACUUUCAAUGCGCAUGCUGUUUGAAGGUGCUUGCUAUUAAUAGUUAAUGUUCUGAGGUUCACGUUAAAUCUUGUGUCGGUCUACUAGGGAAGUUUUGCCAACAUGGCAUUUUUGCAUGAACGUUGUUUACAGACGUUACCCCGAAGGGUGAUGGACGACUGUUCUGUAGACGAAAAAAAAAAAUAUCGAGGCAAGCUCGCUGUGUCUUUUGACGCGAGAGUCUUCGAGGAAAAAAAAAUGAAAUAUGUAAAAAAGAGGUUUAUAUUCUGUACAUGGCGUGUUUUCUUGAAACAAGAAAAAAAAAAAAGUUGACUGUGAAGCGAGCGUCAGUUUUGUUUUGUGGUUUGUUCAGUGAACUUCGAAGAGUGUUGAGCUUUUGAUGUUGAAGUUGCAAAUUUCACUGGCCGUAGCCACGGCGUGUGGAAUCGAGAACCGAGUUGUACAGAGUUGUUGUGCAAAGGAAGUGCCCAUUCCUUUUCCUGCUCUAGGCUUGCCCAUCUUGUUGCCAGUACCCAUGACAAUUCACGUGGCUAGCUUUCCGAUGUGUUUUAAUGUGCCAUAUUUUCCGUCGGCACAAGUGGCAUGUUUUUCUGUAAUGCUGACGUAAUAGCUGAAUAUCUUCUCUCUUGAGAUAGGACAGAACUCCCGUUUUUCGUAGUUUGGCCCAAGUUUCCAUCUGCUUUCCACUGGUCUAUAGUUUCCUUCGUUUAUUGCUUGUGGGCAUCAGGCCAAACCCUGUGACUCAUUGUUGUUGGCUUCUUCACACAUGUCCACUUUCUUGACUGCAGGCAAUUGCAUAUUCUUUGGUGCAUAUUGCAUAUUCUUUGGUGCAGCAUAUGGUAACCAACGUUCGGCACGGCGAGUAACUAGCGGAAGCAGUCAUUCUGAAGUUAGGCUUAGUGGUCAGUCUGUAAGGCAACCAUAUGCAAAACUGCAGAUGAGCGAAGCUUCGGAACAUUAUUACUAAGAAGCUGUGGUGCUUUUCUUGAAGCUCAUUUCAUCAGUUUUGUUUGUCUUCAAGAUAUCCCCCCCCAAAAAAACAAAUGCUGUCUUUCCUUUGGAAAAGGGCUGAAACGCAUAAUUAUGGCACUUUCUAGUGUUUCUAAGAGUCGUCUUGGUGAGACGCUUGUGCUUUUUAAUGACUUACAUUUGUAAUCCAGCGCAUAUUUAACUGCCAUCAACUAGUUUGCUCCUGUGAAUCACCCAAAAGGUGGCCACUGUUGACGUCUGUGACCAUCACUGGCAACAGGCGUUGUGGGUAGGAACAAACACAUUUUCUGCAGUUGAAAAGUUGCUUGCUUGCCAAAGUUACCGAGACCAUCAGGCAGUGGUUCCCAGGGGUGGCACCAGAGAUUGAUGUGUCCAAAGAGAUGCGACGUUCACUUGUUCAGUGGUCUCUUCUGUAUACUUGUGCUGUGUUCGUUGAAGCCAUUACUUCCAUGGCCUGACUUUGUUCAACGAGUAAAAAGGAAAACGUGAUUCACGGUGUGUAAAAUAUGUCUUCAGCUGCGUUGAAUGGUGUCCCGCAUUGUGCAGGCUUAAAACAUUUAAAAAAAAUUCUGGUUGCAGAUGAAUCCACGAGAAAAUCUCCGCAAUGGUGUUUUUUUCUCAUUGAAGUCGUACGGUUGAACCUCCGUGUAAUGAAGUUGCAUUCAACAUUGGAAUAACUUCAUAUAUCUGAUAUUCAUUGUAUGCCUAUAUUCUUUACGCAUCGAUAUCAGUGACAUUUCAGAUUUACUUCAUCAUGUGUGAUAAUUCGCUAUAUUGAGGUUCGAGUCUGCAGUAAAGAUGAUUUUGUUCCCCGCAUGUCACGAAUGAUGUCUGUGUCGCGCGUCACUAGCUAUGUAAAUAGGCUUGGGCUCCGUGUACAUUGGCAGUUUCACGUGUGUAUGCAUGGGUCUUGGAACACUGUGUCAUGAAGAAAAAAAAGCCCAGUUUUGGGAUUGUUAAAAUUUUCACACACUGCAUUGUUACGAAAGGUCAUUGGAAUGUUUGCAUGAAAGCACGCACACACAAAAAAAAGGAGUUAAUGACUGUAUUUCAUGCAGAGGCUUUAAGCACAUGUAGCUGCUGUUUUUAGGUCUUUGUACAACUGUCUUUUCACUGUGGUUAUGAGUCUUGGGUCAAGAUGAGUGUUAUCCUGGGGCUGACUGUGGUAUCCCUCUUCAAAAAUGUGUGAUGUGCAGGAAUGACCUCGUUAAUGUAGCUGCUGAACUGCAGUGUAUGAAAUUUGUUGCAUAUUAAAGAAAAUAAAGGAAAAUCUAUAACGACUGUUGGGAGCAGCUUUCAGAUUUAUGCCACUUUGUCAGUUAAUAAAAAUUUGUGUGAAUUGGGGCACUUUCGAAAAUAUUUUCAAAAAUAGUUUUUACUAAGAAGCAGACAGAACACUGUAAACCACAUCAUUUAGAGCUUUAAAGUGAAUGUAACGAACAUAUUUUGUUCACUUUAUGUUCUACAACACAUGCUGCUUAAAGAAUUACUCUCGACAGUAACUUCUCAACUUCUUUAGUGCAGCAAAUUUAAUCGAAAUCAGUUUGGCAGUUGCCUGAUCAGAGCAUUUCCACACUUUUCACGUAAUCCGAAUAGGGAGGAUGUGGCUUGAAGCUUGUUCUUAAAAUUUCAUUCUUUGCUCUUCCAUGCCAAAUCUUCAAAAAAAUAAUGUUGAGCUUUCAUUUACGUUUAUCAAAGGACGUUUGGGAGUUGCUGGAUUCUUUUGUGCGAUGUAGCAGGUUGCUUUUGAAGCGAGACGAUCAUAGUCAUUUCAGCAUUUUUGCAUACAUGUGUUCAAGUUUAAAGGUCGUUAGAGGAGUGCAAAUGAUACUAAAGAGUCAACACAAAACUGAAGAAUCGUACAAAAAAUAAAAGCUGUCUCGCAUGGUACCUGAGCUAGCUUUUUAGGAUGUAUUUAAACGAAGUUGGUAUAUAUGACAGUGUUAUGAGGAAACGAAUGAAGUUGCUUAUGAAACUUCUGUACAUAAUGAUGGCAAAAAAGUAUACUUCUUCUUUUGUGUUUAUAUUUUAUAUGAUAUGGAAAUGUAGUGUCUGUGUCUGCAAAGUUUCAUUUCUUGAAAUUCGCAUACAUAGUAGUCAUAGCAUUGUAUAUCUGUGGCUGUGUUGAGGGAUGUCGGCCCUGUAUGGUAAUUUGCGGCUUACAUUAAACCGAUUUUCGCCUGUGAA